AUGGCGCAGUGGGAAGAUUUUAACCAUGUUUUUGGUUUUAAUAAGAAAUAUCAUUAUGACACUAAGGUAGUUGAGCUAAUCAACUCCAACCGUCGUGCGCUAGAGAACCAUCUCUUCGCCGAUCGGCUGUUGACACUGGUUGGUAUCAAAGGAGUGACCAAAGCCUAUCCUCCAAAGACCAAUGCCGAGUUGCGCUCACUGAUUGAUCACAUUGUCUCCUCCGAAUUGGACAUCCAUCACAAGCAAGCCUUGAUCUAUUACAUUCUCAAAGACUGUCGCGCCGCGCCAGAUGCAGCAGGCCAAUUUGCGCGCUCGUGUCACUUGCCUGAGAAAUACCGUCUUUUUAUCGAAGGUCUAUGGCACAUGGAUCGUCUUGACUUCCGGCGCGCAAUCGAGUACCUGGCCGAACCUUCUCUCAUUCCCACCUUUCCUGACGAAAUCCUUUACGUCCUCACACUCUCUCAACUUCCUAAGCAUGACGAUAGUCUCGCGAUCGCAUACUAUCUCAAUGCCGCGCCGCCUCUGGCAACCGAAAAGGUGCAAAGAUCCUUCUAUGAGACCCUCUGUCGCUCUAGCAUUACCGAAGCAUUUUUCUUCUCACGAAAAUAUGAUGAACUCAAGCGUCACAAUUACUUUGUACAGUUGAUCGAGUUCAUUCACAAAACUGGAGCUGGUCAAACACGCAGUAAGCGUGCGAUGGAACUGGUUGGGCUGCCGCUCGAUGAAGAUGAGGAGGAUUGGUUUGAGAAGGCUUUGCUCCAUGGGAGUGCCAGCGCCUUUCCUGGCGCAAAGGACACAUUGAUGAUGCGGCGCUUGGCAACAGGCAGAGUUGACGGUCUGUCGGCAGAGCUGGAGGCAUUGGGCGGGAAAAAAGUGGACGGACUUAACUGGGAUGAUCUACGUCAAAGCAUGCGGUACACGCAAGCGGGUGGUAAUCUCUUGGAAUGA